AUGCAUCAUAAUUCUCACAAGCAGCGACAUCGAUCGAAGCAUUGCAUUAGCCUCAUUGAGUUGUUGCAUGAAGAGGGAAUGAGACCAUCUAAUAUUAAAAAGGUGCUUAAUGUUGGAUAUCAAGGACAAGAUGUAGAACAAGUCACCACACAACAGAUGAUUGAUCAUAUCAGAAAGACAAGGCAAAGUAACAUUGGCUGUGAAUGCUUACACAUCAUUAGACAUUUCCAAGACAGAAAGGAAUCAGAUCCAGAUUUCUAUUUUGCUAUGGAGGUCGAUCACUUUGGUACACUGAGAAGUGUGUUUUGGGCCGAUGGUAGAGCUAGAGCCUCUUAUUUAAGUCUUGGAGAUGUAGUUGUGUUUGAUACCACAUACAAGACUAAUCAAUUGAGUAUGCCAUUUGCUCCAUUUACAGGAGUAAACCACCACCGCCAAUCCACCCUCUUCGGUUGUGCAUUGCUUGCCAACGAGCGAGAGGAAACCUUCGAGUGGUUGUUUUCGCAAUGGCUCAAGUGUAUGCAUGGGGUAGCACCAAAGGCUAUCAUAACUGAUCAGGAUGCACAGAUGAAAAAAGCUAUUAAGAGCAUUUUGCCAAGUACUCGUCAUCGCUUUUGUUCUUGGCAUGUUAGAAAGCAUAUUGCCGAGCAACAAGUAAAGUUGAAGAGCCAAUACGGGGAUGAGAUGCCUACAUAUUUCAACAAUUGGUAUUCUGCUAGAAGUAUAAGCAAAUGCGAAGAGCGUUGGGAAGUCAUGAAGGUUAAAUUCAACAUAAAUGAAGGUGAAGAUAGUUGGCUGACAAGAAUGUAUAGCUUGCGUGAACAUUGGGUAGAUGCAUACUUGAAGGAUUGUUUUUGUGCGGGAAUGACAACAAGCCAAAGGAGUGAGAGCAUCAAUGCCUUUUUUGAUGGCUUUGUCAAUGCAAAUACUAGACUAGUUGAGUUUGUGGGUCAAUAUGACAAGGCAGUGGCAUCUCGUCGUGCAUCAGAUUCAUGA